AUGGCAAAGAAUUGUGACAUGAAUUUAUAUUGUACUAUUCCAAUUGAGCAUUUUUUCCAUUUUUCAAAGUUUUUUAUUCAUAUUCCCGGGGAGUUUACGGAGGAUGAUGCAAUUAAAAUCCGAGACGUUCUCAUGAAUUCUGCAAGUUUUGAAUGGUGUUAUAUCAUGUUCGAAUCUGUUUUUAUGCUUUCAAUAUUAAGAGUUUUUGGAUCGAAUAACAAUCAUGUUAUUCGAUCCAGAUCAAAAAUUUUCUAUAAAGCAGCCAACUAUAAAUAUUGUAUUGAUAUAUCUUAUUGUGAUAUUGAGAUCCGAAGAAGAAAAAAAAGU